UCUGUACAGAAUUGUGGGCAAGCCACUAGAAACGUCAACGCUGAUUGAUUAAUAAAUGUCUGACGUCAUAGGGUCAAAAGAGGCUCGUACGACCCCUGACACGACCUCCCAGUACAGCUGGUCAGAUCUUCAUGUAUUGAAGGCCAUCAAAAGUAUAAAAAAACGAAACGAAAUAAAGAUCUGUAUUUUAAUCUGAUUGUGUAACCGACUGAUUCCGAACACUUAUAUCAAAUUGAUAAUUUUAUGAAUAUUUUAUUUUUUCAGACGGAAAACUGUAAAGAGAUAUCUUUAAGUCUUUAUAACAGUAUAAGUCUUCUAUAGACGUCGAAGUAUACCAGCAGGUUAUAGAACAGCUUUGGAGCUCGGUAUAAUAAAAUCCCUUAGACGUAGAAGUGUCGGAAAACUGUGCAGAGAUACCUUUAAGCCUUUAUAACAAUUUAAAUCUUCUAGACGUCGAAGCCUAAAGAAAGACCAGCAAUAGGCAGAUUUAGCUCUUGUAUAAUGUAUGUUUAAAUGAAAAUGAUGUAAAAGGAGGAAGAAGAUGGUGUAAUUAUUUAAGUCUAUGUACUAUACGCGUUUUGUUUUUUACGACAUUUUGUGUGAGUGUGUGGCAUAUCGACAUGAUGUGCGAUAUAGCGAGGGUGUUUUUAUAUUUACACGCCAAAUAACCGCGUAGUGUACACAUCAUAAUGACCGGCUUUAUUUCCAUAAAUACGGUGCGCUGUUUGUUAACGUCGGUCAGUUUCUCAAAACAAACAGAGGUUUUAGUAGUGGUUUUAUAGUCGACACUUAACUCUAUCGAACCUGGUCAGCUGUUCAACAAAUACUCUUCUCGCCAUCAGUUAUCCAGUCGACUUGCUAGUUAGUAAAUCCUCGAGACACGUGUGUGGUGUAGUGCUAUGUAUUCGUCCCAUAUAACACUAUCCUCGUUUAAUAUCACAUUGGUGCGGGCAAUCGCCGAAGGAUAAACGCAAGUCGGAGGAAAGGUGUGAAUUCGUUUUAAUUAAUGGAUUUAAUUAACUGUGGUGUAUUUAUCGACUUGAAGACGAACAUGGAUUAUACAUUUCUCUUUACAUCAUUUAUGGUUAUUGUAACGUGAUUUCAACAUUCUUCGGAUUCUAAGUUAUAAUCAUUACAAAAGCUGGGACCCUACUUCAAAAAUUAAUUUUAUUUCUAAAGUGGUUAUUUGUGCGAAGUAAGGAAAGCUGAACAUCCCCAAUAAUAAACACGAGGAGCAGUGAUGAAGCAAUGUAAGUGUUUCGUUUUUAAACAUCAUAAAAAUCUUCGCUCGAUUUGAAAAUGUGCGAUUGGCGUUCGUGUUCUAACUUUCUUACAAAAAAUAGUAACACCAUUAUUGUGAAAAGUAUGGAAACAGACCCGGAGUAAAUUAAAAUGAAGAAUUUUGGGUUUGUAUUUAAUCUGAUUUAUGGAUUAGAUAUAUUUGAGUUUUAAAGAUCUAUAAUGGUAUUUAAUGGUAUAAGGUGAAUCCGUGAUAAACAGUGAUACGGCCAAUAUUUGUAUCUUAUUAUCGCCUGACAAGAAUUUCGCAGCGGAUAACCGUUUUAAAAAUAUGUACAAAAUGAAAAGUUUAUUCAAAUAUAAUUUUAAAUGGACAGAAUAUAUCUGUGCGAUUUUAUAGAUUUAUAAAAAUAUUUUAUUGUUUAUUUUUUAACACAAAAUAAUAACGUAAAUCUUAAUGAUAAUUAAAUUUCAUUUAGAGAACGAAUUCGUCUAUUGGAUUUUCAUGGAAGAUAAUACAUGGUGUUUCUUGAAUUCUACGUGAUUCAUUUUAUCCAAGAAUUUUGUUUGUUUAAGUCCCAGGAAUAUUGUGAUUAUUGAUAUUAAAAUGCAGGAGUUUUGUGAAAUGGAAUAAAAAAGGAAAACCAACGGAAUAUAGAUCAUUAGAUUUUUAUUAUCAGGAAAACAUAAUAGAGUUUAAAAAAACUAAACAGAGAAGAACUUUCUACGGACUUUUUAUUGUAUUUUAUUACUGAUAUUUUCGCGUCGGCUAAGGAAUAUAUAUUAUUGUGCUGCAGUGGUGUGGUGUUCCGAUGUGAUAUUUGAAAGUCAGGGCUUUUACAACUUGUUAAAAUUAAGUUAUAUAAUAAGCUUAAUUUAGAAAAUUGAAACAUAAAAGAUAAGGGUUAGAUAAUGUCUGGACGUUGAUGUUCGUGGAUACAAAUAUACAGUAUGUUUUUGCGAGUUUUAGUGUGUGUUAUAGGAUUAGUUUGGAUGAUUGAAUCACGAGGUCGAAAUACACGUAAACUCGCUCUCUGGAUUGAUAAAAACCAAGUCGGAAUAAUAGCAGGUUAUCACAUUGAACUUCGAAUCAUCGAGAAUGGACGAGUGGAGGCCUUACUCAUGGAGCCCGGAUUAUCUGAUGAGCUACCCCCUAUUCCAUCUCAGGUUGAUACCGUGAAUCUGACAUGGCAAGGAGGGGACCAACGGUUUCGUUAUUGGUUUGAAAAUUUAACGUCUUUAGAUCAACAUUUAUUAUAUAAUCCUUUACUCAGCAUCCCAGCUCAUGGCUGGAUACCCCAUCAAGCUACAGUCUUUCAAAUGUCAAUACCAUGUACAGGUAAAGACGAGGGUGUAGCUUCGAUUGUACUAGGUUUACAUAUAUAUGCUACUUCAGGGCACGCAGUCCAAAAUACACCAAUUACCUUUAAGUUGAAGAAACGUUGUACAGCCUUUGUUACUACCUCUUUAUGUGAGGCUCGAUGUGAAAACGGUGGAUCAUGUGUAAACAGUAUAUGUUUAUGUCGUCAGGGAUUCAGUGGGAAAGCUUGUGAAAUAGCUUUAUGUAAUCCUCGAUGUGAGAACAAUGGCACGUGUGUAUCACCUAGAAUGUGCGCAUGUCCAGCAGGGUAUAGUGGACACCACUGUGAAAAGGUCGUCUGUGGUCGACCAUGUCAAAAUGGCGGACAAUGUUUACCGGAAGGAUUCUGUUUCUGUCAGGAAGGUUUCUAUGGUGACGCUUGUGAGUUAAGUCGGUGUAAUUCUGAAUGUAUUAAACAAGGAACGUGCAACCAAGUUUGUAAACAUUUAGUAAAACCUGAUACUGACGUCCGACCUAGACGAAGAAUACCACCGGAAGUAAAUGGUGAGGGUGGCACCAAAAGAAAACAAAGACGUAAAAACCGUAAAGAUAGAAGAGCCAUCAACGAAAAGAAAAUACUAAAGACGGAAAAAAGAAUUUUAAAAAUCAUUAACCGGAAAUCAAAAACAUGGAAUCUAACCCGAGACGAAAGAAGACAUAUUAGAAAAAUACAGAGGGAAGUUAAAACUCGUGCUCUACAAAUAACGGAACGACAUUAUCUCGUCAAAAUAUUAACUGGAGAACGAGAGAAGUUGAAUAAACGAGAGAAACAGAAGCUUAAACGUUACAAGAAAUUAUUGAAAUUAAACCGGAAGCGACGUGGUAAAGCUAAGACGAAGACUAAACGCAGGAAGAAGGAUGUAUGAGGCGAAUUCUUAUCUGUUUGAAGUUGAUAAUAAUGGCGGAUUCUUUUAUCAGAACAUUAAAACACAACCCAGCUUUAAUUUAAAAAGGCUUUAAAUGACGUAAUACGUGAUGAUAAAAAUGAUAUUAGUGUUCUUAUCACGUGAUAUAGUCAUCGUACGAUAUGAUCACAAAAUAAAACUGACAAAUAAUAGGGGAUACUCGAUUGGACGGAAUUGAAUUCUCUCAAUCCCAAAAAUAGUGAUUAUUGAGUGAAAAAUGGCGAUUUUGGGCUACAACGCAUGCGUCGACUGCAUAAGAUAUCUCAACCAUCCAUGACAAAUUCGUUGUUUUGAAUUACGUCACGAUUCUACUCACACCACUUCUGUUGUCGGGGCUGACAGAACUGUGGCCGGACUGAAUCCAGCGUCACUCGAUUGCAAUUCUGUCAAUUCGGGACGCCCCGGACUGACUAUCGAGCAUCCCCAUAGAAACACGGACAAUGAACAGAUUGUAGUUAUGUUUCAUUAUAUUUUUUUUCCUUGUGGAAACUAACCAAAGGCAAGUGUAUAUAUUUAUAUUAGUUUAUAUAUUUCAAUGAAUUA